UGUCCCUGGUAGGCUAUUACCGCGACGACGUUCUCGAACUAUCUCGCUUAAUUGCUGAAAAAGACAAACACAUUGCAGCAAUGAAGGAGUGGUUGACAGAAAACAACCUAACUUACUUCCCAAGGAGGAGCAAAGCGUCAUUUCAGCCCAUGGAUCGUCCAGAGUUUGUGAAGAAACGCAGAGAGGAUGCGAGGGCGAAAGAUGCCGAAGCGGAUGAGGUUAUCGAUACCUGGACUUUGGCGGUGAAUGACAAAGCUGGAGACAGCAUCGAAGGGGAUGGGCUCUUGGGGGAUUGGGAAGCUGUGGUAGGUGGAUUGCGGUCUUGGGGACAGAAGAAGGAAGACAAUAAGCCGAAGAUGAAGAAGAUGCAGACAACGGAUUCUCAAGUCAAUGCGUUCGAGAAUAUAGAAAGACCCAGACGGGGUUCGACACACGUGGAUACGAAGAUGGAAGACGGUGCCCUGUCUCAACCAACACUCUCUUCCACAAGACGACAUGCUCUUCAAGCAGACUUGAUGGACACAACACCAUCGCCAUCCCUCCCUCACCCAGCACCAACGGCAACGGAACCAGUAGAAGGCUUCCCAUUCUCACGACCAACAAUGAAACCCACAUCAAGCACAACAACCAUUCAAAGCUUCCGCAUGUCCUCGCCUCCACCAGAAAGAGCAGCGUCGCCUCCAACCAGUUUGCCACCCACACCGAAAUUGAACCAGGGCCGGGUGAAGAACGUUAUUGGAGGGAGUCAACGACGGACGCAGGAUGCGGGGGUGCCGGAAUCGAGUCAGGUACUUGGUACUCAGGAGCUGAAACGGGAGCCGCUUACACCGCUGUUGCCGGCUCUGGAGGAAAUGGAGACGGAUGAUGACUUGACUUUACCGACUACGUUAAGGAUACCGCCGGAAGAUGCGAAGGAGCUGGAGGAGAUGAGGAAGGAAGCGGAGGCUAAGGUUGAGGAAGAUCCCGAAGCGAAAAAGUUACGGAAGAGGAAGGAGCUCGAGCGGGAACUCGAAAUGAAGAAGGCGUACGCCAAGAAGAAGCCAAGGAGAUUUUGAGCAUGGGUGUAAGCAUUGCAACAACCACGGGAUGGAAUUAUAGGAUAAGGCGUUCUUUAUGACAUUUUUGCUUGAGAAAACAACAGUUCUUUGAAAUGAAUGGAGA